AUGUCAUGGGAUGAGCUACUCAAUCAUAUGGACAUGAGCCAUUCAGUGAAUUUAGCAUUCCCACCUGUGCGUGGUGUUCACCCUUCCAUCGAGCUGAAGGCCGCUAUUGUACAUGCUUGUGAUGAUCAGGACGACGCACUGUUUGGUGUCCACCUCUUAGGCUACAUCCGAAAUGAUCUCGAAGACAUCAAUGCCACCACUUCCCUCUUCUGCAACGCACUUGCAUUGUGUCCACAGCACCAUCCUGACCAUCCCUUAUCUCAAUAUAAUCUUACCGAAGCGCUGACUUGGCACCACAUCAAGAAAGGUACUGCUGCCAAUAUCUGCAAAGUCGCCCAACUCUAUCAUAAACUACUGUCUCUCUGUCCAGAGGACACCUACCUUCGUAGCAUCGCGGCAGGCAAUAGUGUCAAUUAG